AUGACCCCCCAAAAAAAAGCAAAAGGCGCCGGUGGCGGCACCCCCGGAGCUGCGCCCGGGGCGGGGUUCGACCCCCCGCGGCACCCGCUGCUUGUCGCGACAGGAGCCCCGUGUCACGACCGUGACCUCCUCAUUGCAACGCGUCCCUGGUUACUCCAAGGCCCCGCCCUUCCAAAGGCCCCGCCCCACGCUCUUCCACCCCUCCGCUCCUCGUCAACGGGGCCCCGCUACUCUGUGGCCCGCCCCUUCCCCGGCUCCUCCAAUCGCCUGUCUCUGCCCCUGGAGACCACGCCCCCUGAGCCCGCCCCUUCCUCAGGCCCCGCCCCCUGCGUCCGUCACCGGAUCCUCCCGCCCGGCGCCGCCGCCGCUUCCUCCGGGCCCGGCCCCGGCCUCGGCCCCCCCGUACCCCGGUACCCCCGCACCCAGGUACCUCGGUACCCCCGCCCCGCAGCCCGCGAUGUGGCUCUUCUCCCGGGACCCCGUCCGGGAUUUCCCCUUCGAGCUGGGCCAGCCCGACCCCGACCCGGACCCGGACCCGGACCCGGCCGCGGAGCCGGCCCCGCUCUGGCGGCUGCUGCGGGGCGGCGAAGGCGGACGGGGCCCCGGUGUCCCGUGUUCGCCCACAGCCCGGCCGCGGGGGACGCGGCCGCCACCGCCCUGGCCCGCGCGGCCCUGAAGCGCCUGCGCAGCCUGAGGCACCCCAACGUGCUGGGCUACCUGGACAGCCUGGAGACGGAGCACACGCUGUACCUGGUGACCGAGGAGGUGACGCCGCUGCGGAGGCACGCUGCGGCUGCGGCCCCCCGGGCGGCGCCACGGGCGAGCAGGAGGUGGCCCUGGGCCUGCACCAGCUCCUGACGGCGCUGGCGUUCCUGGGCGCCUCGGGGCUGGUGCACCACGCGCUGGGGCUCGGCGCACGUGUACGUGGCGCCGGGGGGGGGCUGG